GAUUUUCAUGUAUAGAAUGGCUAUACAGCCCCUUGUUGGCCUUAGCACUCCUCAAGUACACUUGCCAUGGCAAUCCAUCCAGUUCUUCCCGCGUUCAACUUAGAACCCCUUUUGUUUCGAGGUCCUUGGCAACUGCAUCCCACCAACGUAGACUCGGUCUACGGUCUGGCUUUCGGUGCUAAUGUCUCAACCACUUUAGCCUGUUGCUCUAUGAAUCGGACGACGUUGGCAUCGUCUAGGAUGUUAUAAAGUUCCUCAUUGUAGCGAAUACUCCAAACACUGUCAUCGCAAACAGGACCAAAGAUUCUUAGCAGAAUCUUCCGCUCGGAAAUAAGGAGAGAAAGCGUCUUUCUUUCUAAGGGGCCAGGUUUCAGAACCAUAAGUGAGCACCAUAUAUAUUGGUAUUAUUUAUUUUUGUGUUAAUUUCUUUAUGAAAGAAAUUUCUUAAAAUCAAAGUUCAGCGAAUCUGUAACGUUGCGUUGCUAGACUUAAGAUCACCAGUAUAAACAAUGCCUACAUCAGGAAUAUUAAAAAAUACAGUGGAAGACCCAUCAUUGAAGAAGAGACAUUCCAUUAUAUCCGGGAGAAGUGAUUUCUGGUCGUCGUCAGAUGAAGAUGAAGGUGUCCAGCCGCAUGAGAAAGCAAUCGCCGCUGGUCAACCAAAUCCACCAUACUGUGUGCGCAAUGUGGAGCAGCAUGCUUUCGGAAGACGAGAAAUCGAAAUUGCUGAACAGGAGAUGCCUGGGAUUAUGGCGUUGAGGGCUCGAGCCAAAGAUGACAAGCCAUUGAAGGAGGCAAAGAUCGUUGGUUGCACACACAUAAACGCACAAACGGCGGUGCUUAUAGAAACUUUAGCGGCACUGGGAGCGACCGUCCGUUGGGCGGCCUGUAACAUCUAUAGCACGCAGAACGAAGUAGCUGCUGCGCUGGCGCACGCUGGUUUCGCGAUUUUCGCCUGGCGUGGUGAAAGUGAAGAGGCAUUCUGGUGGUGUAUAGAUCAAUGUUGUACGCCGACAGCCUCUUGGCAACCAAACAUGAUUCUUGAUGAUGGAGGAGACGCUACGCACCUCAUGCUUAAGAAGCACCCAACUGCUUUUAAACAGAUCAAAGGUAUAGUAGAAGAGAGCGUGACAGGCGUCCACAGACUGUACCAGCUGAGUAAAGCGGGGAAAUUGUGCGUUCCCGCAAUGAAUGUCAACGACUCGGUCACGAAAACCAAGUUUGACAACUUGUAUUCUUGCCGUGAAAGUAUAAUAGAUGCGCUGAAACGUAGUACGGAUAUAAUGUUUGGUGGGAAGCAGGCUGUUGUGUGUGGCUAUGGUGAAGUCGGAAAGGGGUGCUGUCAGGCGCUCAAGGCUCUGGGAUCUGUGGUGUAUGUGACGGAAAUAGAUCCUAUUUGCGCCCUUCAAGCAGCAAUGGAUGGCUUCAGAGUUGUCAAAUUAACUGAGGUGAUACGACAAGUGGAUGUGGUGAUCACAGCGACGGGCAAUAAGGGCGUCGUGACACGUGAGCACAUGGAGCGUAUGAAGAACGGCUGCAUCGUGUGCAACAUGGGUCAUAGCAAUACAGAAAUUGAUGUCCACGCGUUGAGAACACCAGAUCUGUUAUGGGAACGGGUUAGGAGUCAAUCCUAUUCCCCAAAGGUGGACCACAUAAUCUGGCCGAACGAUAAACGCAUAGUCCUUUUAGCGGAGGGCCGCCUCGCCAAUCUCUGUUGUUCCUCUCUGCCGUCUUUCGUGGUCUCCGUGACAGCUGCCACCCAGGCCUUGGCGCUGAUCGAGCUGUAUAACGCGCCACAGCAUAGAUAUAAGGCUGACGUCUACCUCCUACCGAAGAAAAUGGACGAAUACGUCGCAUCACUACAUUUACCGACAUUUGACGCUCAUUUGACGGAACUAACAGACGAACAGGCAAAAUAUCUUGGCCUCAAUAAAGUCGGUCCGUUCAAGCCGAACUACUACAGAUACUAGCACAAACAGAACGGGGCUAAAACGCGGGAAUCGCGGAAGAGGACGCCCAACGCUUCGAUAUUUGAAAAUGGAACAGCUUAAUUUGAAUAUGGAAUUUUAUUUGUGUUUUCUUAAAAAGCAAGAUGUUUGAAAAUGGAACAUUUUUAUUUGAGUAUAGAAUUUAAUUUGCGUUUCCUUAAUAUGUUUGAAAACUUUUAAAUUUGGAAAGUUUCAUACUAAACUACUAUAAUAUUGUAUUAAAAAGUUCGAUGUUUGAAAAUGGAGCAGCUUAGAAUAUAGCAUUUUAUUUUACGCUAUGAAUUGCUUUAGUGUGCUUUUGAAUUUAGAACGUAUCUAUAUAGAAUAUAAUUUAAAUUGCGUAAUGUCAAUGUCAAAAUGGAGAAGCUAAUUAUUUGGAUUUAGAAUUUUAUUUGACGCUUUAGAUGCGUUUUCUAAUCUAUGCAGUGCGUUUAGAUUUGGAACGUAUGAUUAAAUUUUAUAUAAAUUAUACGUAAAUUAGUGUUGCUGUAUGUAAGAAAUAUGCAGGGAGAAAAGUUUUUCCAUUCAAACCGAACUAUUACAGAUACACACAGUCAAUAUGUAAGUAAAUAAAGGAUAUUUGAAAAUAAUACAAGAGCCUUACUUGAAUAUAGGAUAUUGUUUAAAUUUGGAAUGUAUGGAUUAAUUUAAUUUUAAUUAUAUGUUUAUUAGUAGUGCGUUAUAUGGUAAGAAAUGAUAUAUUAUGUUAGUCUAUUUAAGCCGGACAUAGGUAUAACUUUUUGAAGAAAGAACAUGUAUUUGAAUAGAAUUUAAUUUGACGCUUGAAUUUAGAAUGUGUUUGCGGUAGCUUGUUUGAAUUUAGAAUUGCGUUCGAAUGUUAGAUUUAACUUUGAGUAUUGUAAAUUUAAAUUUAGAAUUGCAGUAUUAGCCGUGAAUACUUGAAAAUGGAAUUGUUUAUUCAAUAAAAUUAAUAUUUUGUUUCUAGGUAUAUUUGUUUUAACGGAUCCAGGAUUUCAGUACUUCACAUUUUCAAAAUUUCAGUAUUAUUUGAAAAUAGAACGUAAAUUUAGCUUUUGUUUUAAAUAUUUUAUUAGAUUGCCAUUGGAAUUGUUUGUUACCAUAGUGCAUAGAAUAAAACUAUUUUAUGUUCUGUAUUUGUUACCAUAACAGUAUUUAUGAACUGGUUUUAUUUGUAUUUAAAUUAUUAAUAUUUUUUAUUUAAAGAAUUAAUUAUUUAUUUGCCUUUAGUCAAUUAUAUUAGUUUGUCAUUCCUAAUUUUGUGUACCUGAUUUAAUUUAAAUUAUUCAUACAUUAAUAAACGAAUCGAUACAUUAAAUUCCAUUUGUGAGCGUUCAAGUAUUACGUAACGUUUUGGUCCUUUUGUAAAACGUUGCGAUGCGGGGCGGGGUUAAUAAUGACGCGUUAUUGUUAAAAUUAUUUUCGACUCA